AUGAACGCUUUGGGGAGGACCUCGGCCUUGGCCUUACUGAUCUCCAUCACUAUUUUGGCAUUAGAUGGGACUGUUAACACUACACUGUUUGUACAGAUGGGUGCAAAGGCUCUGCUGUGUUGCCCUGCUCUUCCAAAGACUAAAGCAAUAUUAAUAGCAUGGGAAAUAGCCCCCAGAGGGCAGCCUCCCUGCAGAAUAUCCUACAGAGUCGAUACAAAGGAGAUCAAUGAAACCAACUGUACAGACAAGAGAAUCACCUGGGCCUUCACACCUGACCAGUAUCUUGACAUUCUGAUUAAUACAGUGGCCCUCGGUCAUGAUGGGCUUUAUUCAUGUGAGAUAUUAACACUUCAGGGGAAUUUCCUAAAGAGUCAUGACCUCCAUGUGCUAGUGCCUCCAGCAGUAACCCUGCUUCCAGGGGAAAACAGAACAGCAGUUUGUGAGGCAAUUGCAGGCAAGCCGGCUGCGCAGAUCUUUUGGACUCCAGAUGGGAAUCACGUCACUAAGCAGGAAUCACACAGCAAUGGCACCGUGACUGUCAGGAGCACAUACCCCUGGGAGCAGAACAAUGUGUCUGCUGUGUUCUGCUUUGUCUCCCAUCCGACUGGCAACCAGACUCUGUCCAUGGAACUCAAUCAAGGUAUCACCAGCAUGCUGCAUUCCUUGCUGACCAUUCUCUAUGUGAAACUUUCCCUUCUGGGGAUCAUUCUGCUCAUCCUAGGAUUUGUUUUCUUCCAGAAGAGAAAUUAUUUCAGGAUAUGA